AUGGGAAACGCACAAUCAGCCGGAAAGAAAGUCUUUGAAAAUAGAUCACAAGCCAUUGCUGCUUGUUUUACCAAUGCGGAACGAGGUGUAUCAGUGAUCCAAUCGAAUGAAUAUACAAGUUUUUCUUUAUCUAAAUUUUCAGUCUUGGAUGAGACUGAAAAGAUUCUCUCCGAAAGACAAUUGGUUCAAGACAAGUUGAGAAAUAAGACUUUGGAUGCACAUGAAGAUAGAGCACUCGGAGCAUUCAUUGGAAAUGCUAUUGGUGAUAGUUUGGGAGCUCCUUUGGAAUUUUCAGCAGUUAGAUAUGGAUCAGAUGAAUUGAAAGGUUUGGAUCAUGCUGAAAUUUGGCAAAAAGAGCAAUAUAAUAGAUUUGAUCUCAAGCCUGGUCAAUGGACAGACGAUUUUUCAAUGGGGUUGUGCUUGGCUGAUAGUUUGUUGGUUUGUCAAAAGUUUGAUCCUAUUGAUUUAAGAUUGAGAUUUGUGAAUUGGUGGUAUCUUGGAUAUUGUAACGCUUUUGGAUUUGCAAAGGAUGGAUCUCAAAGAUCAUCAGUUGGUCUUGGUGGUAAUAUUUCUGGAUCUUUUACUGAAUUUUUGGGAGAUAGCUCUAUUGCUUUUACUGAAUCUGGUGAUAAAUUUACAUCAGGAAAUGGUAGUGUCAUGAGACAUGCUGCCGUACCAGUUUUUUAUCAUGAUGAUAUCAAGACAGCCAUGGAAAUUGCCUACAAACAAAGUAAGACAACUCACCAAGGAGAUGAAGCUGCCGACUUGUGUAGAUUAUUAGCUCAUAUUAUUGUAAAGGCCAUCAAUAAUGCAGAUGGUAAGAAGGAUGUUAUUGAAGAUUUGAGUGAUUUCACCACCGAUUUGUACAGUGUCAAGUGUUUAUCUGAAAGUAAGGCUGAAGACUCACAUGAAUCCAAUCAACAUCUCAGUGUUGAAGAUAGAGAUUGGAAUUGGAAGAAUCCAAACUUCAAGUUCUGUGCAAAGAGAGCUAAACAACAACCUGGAUAUGUUGGAUCAUAUGCAAUGGAUGCUGUUGCUAUGGCACUUCACUGUGUUCACUCUACAAAUUCAUUCACAGAGGCUGUUCUCAAAUCAGCCAACAUGAGAGGCGAUUCUGAUUCAUACACUGCAGUAACUGCUUCAAUUGCAGGUGCUAUUUAUGGUGCAUCAUCUAUUCCAAUUGAAUGGAUUGAUAUUCUUCAACAAUGGGACAGAAAUGGUGAUAUUGCUUUGAAAGCAUACAAGUUAUUCCACAAACAAUUAAACUUGGAAUAA